AUGGCAGCAAAACUGGUGGUCGAGGUUCUCGAAGCCAGCAACCUCGUGCCCAAGAACAUCCACGAAAACUCGAGCCCUUUUGUCGAGGUCAAAUUCGACAGGCAGCGCAAACGAACCUCGACCAAACCCAAUAACCUCAUCAACCCCACUUGGAACGAGCAGCUCGUUUUCGACAUUGAAAACCCAAACGACCUCUCCACCCGAUCGGUCGAGGUUUUCGUGUACAACGACAAAAACAAUGGCAAACACAAAAACUUCUUCGGAAAGGUUCGGAUUUCCGGCUCAUCCAUCUCUCGUUCGGAACAAGAAUCCGUUUUCCUCAAAUACCCUCUCGAAAAAAGGGGUCUCUUUUCCCAAGUGAAGGGCGAAAUCACAUUGAAAAUACACUCAUCGAACGAAAAUUCCAAUCACGAGAAAAGAAAAAAAGAAGGAAAAGUGAAAACUUUUCACUCGGUCUCGGCUGCUCCUCGCAAAUCAGUGCCCGUUUCCUCAUCAUCUGCCGAUACUAUUACUACCGUUAUGCGAAUGCAAGCUCCCUCGACUCAGAAGCCCGAUUACGGGUUAGUCGAGACCAAGCCACCUUUAGCCGCUCGAUUGGGUUAUUGGGGCCGAGACAAAACAGCUAGCAUGUAUGACAUGGUCGAGCCAAUGAACUUUCUCUACGUACGGGUCGUGAAAGCCUCGGACCUCCCUUCAAACGACGUGUCGGGUAGCAUCGACCCGUAUGUCGAGGUCAAAAUCGGAAAUUACAAAGGUGUCACCAAGCAUUUCGAAAAGAACCAUAACCCGUUUUGGGAUCGGGUUUUCGCUUUCUCCAAGGAAAGGUUACAGAGCAGCUCGGUUGAGGUGAAUGUGAAGGAUAAGGACUUCUCGAGAGACGAUUUUGUCGGUAGGGUCACGUUCGACUUGAACGAUGUCCCGAAGCGCGUGGCACCCGAUAGCCCCCUCGCCCCACAGUGGUACAAGCUGCACGACAAAAACGGGGUUUUGCUGAGGCAUGGUGACAUCAUGCUAGCGGUUUGGAUGGGUACUCAAGCUGACGAGGCGUUCCCGUACGCGUGGCAGUCUGACGCGCACGGCGUGACUCAACAGAACCUUACGAACACGAGGUCGAAAGUGUACUUCACCCCGAAAAUGUACUAUCUGCGUGUCCACGUCAUCGAAGCCCAAGACCUCGUCCCAGCCGACAAGUCGAAACCUCCAGACCCGAUCGUGAGGGUCCAGCACGGGAAACAGAGCCGGAUAACCCGUCCGGUCAAAGGGUCGGUCAACCCUGAGUGGAAUGAGGAGCUCAUGUACGUUGCUUGGGAGCCACUCAACGAGUAUAUAGUCGUGAGCGUGGAGGAUAAAGGGAAGGUUAUCGGGCGCGUGCUGAUACCCGUCAACAGUGUUAAAAAACGGGUCGAGUCGAAGCUGCCCGACACGCAGUGGUACCCGCUGCAGAGGCCGGCUCUAGCCGAGGAUCAGAUUGAGAUGAAGAUGGACAAGUUCGCGAGCCGAGUCCACCUCCGUCUCUCGUUAGACGCGGGGUAUCACGUGCUGGACGAGUUGACUCAGUUCAGCAGCGACCGGCAGCCGUCGGCCAAUCAGCUGAGAAAGCGAAGUGUCGGGAUUCUCGAGGUCGGGAUACUGAGCGCUCGAAAUCUCACGGCUAUGAAGGCGAAACAGGGGAAGCUGACCGAUGCGUACUGCGUGGCGAAAUACGGUUGCAAGUGGGUCCGGACGAGGACGAUUCUCGACAGCUGUCACCCGACCUGGAACGAGCAGUACACGUGGGAAGUUUUCGACACGUGCACUGUUUUCACGGUCGGAGUAUUCGACAACUGCCACGUCAGCGGAGGGGAGGGUGCAAAGGACCAGAAGAUGGGCAAGGUAAGGAUUCGGGUCUCGACUCUGGAGGCCGAUCGGGUUUACACCUACACGUACCCCCUCCUGGUUUUGGGCCCGUCGGGCCUGAAACGAAACGGGGAGAUCCACCUCGCGGUGAGGUUCACGUGCACGGCAUGGGCCCACAUGCUGGCCCAAUACGGGAGGCCGCUGCUGCCCAAAAUGCACUACGUGCACCCGAUAAACGUCAAGCAUGUCGAUCUGCUGAGGCACUACGCGAUGAACAUAGUGGCGAACGAGCUGGCACGGGCCGAGCCUCCGCUUCGGGCUGAGGUCAUCGAGUACAUGUUUGACGUGGACCACCAGAUGUUCAGCCUGCGGAGGAGCAAAGCUAACUUCCAUCGUAUGAUGUCGGUUGUCUCGGGAGUUCAGCACGCUUGCACGUGGUUCGAGGGGAUAUGUCAGUGGAAAUACCCGGUUACGACAGUCCUUGUCCAUAUCUUGUUCUUGAUACUCGUGUGCUAUCCCGAGCUGAUUUUCCCUACGGUUUUCCUCUAUCUUUCCGUGAUCGGGCUUUGGAAUUACCGUUUUAGGCCCAGGAACCCGCCCCACAUGGACCCAAAUCUUUCUCAGGCGGAGAAUGCCAACUCGGAUGAACUCGAAGAGGAAUUUGAUUCAUUCCCCACUACAAAACCGAGCGACUUUGUGAGAAUGAGGUACGAUAGGUUGAGGAGUGUGGCGGGUCGAGUUCAGACCGUGACAGCUGAUGUGGCGAAUCAAGGGGAGAGGGCACUUGCCUUGUUGAACUGGAGAGAUCCAAGAGCUACUGCUAUCUUUCUAGUCUUUUCUUUGAUCAUGGCUGUGUUUUUGUACGUUGUACCUUUCAAGAUUGUAGCUCUGCUUGUCGGGAUUUACUUGCUGCGCCAUCCUCGGCUGAGGUACAAGCUGCCACCAGCACCUGUCAACUUUUUCAAGAGGUUGCCUGCCAGGUCAGACUCACUUCUGUGA